CAAAACCUUGUCGAAACGUUGUACAUUUACUGUUAUGUUGAACUCGUAACUAGGUGACUCAAUUUAUUUUCUCUAAAUAUGUUCGUGUGCAUUCCAGAGAUGAACGUUUAUAUAUAUUGUAGUAUAUUUCAAACAGGCUCCAAAUAAAUUAUUUUAUUUCAUAGUUACGCAAUGUGGACUAUGAAGGAGCUGGACUGAAAGAAGAAAAUUCAAACGAAGACGAACGACAAAAGACACAGAUGGCGCUAGAGUAUCACUCAGAAAACGGUCAAGAUGUCUACGAUUUAAGAAAAUCUGAAACACAACAGUCAGUAAGUGAGGAACAGGAAAUUUCAGAUGGUGAUGAUGUUUCUUUUUUUGGCGUUAGGUCAUAUCUAUAUAAUUUCUAUGAAGAUGUGACGAUGAAAAAUCCUGAUGUUUAUGAAGAUUUUGAUGAUUAUAACUAUCAGUUCUUGACGGACCCUCAAAAUAGAUGUAAAAAAGCCACAUUCUGGAGAAUAACCUUUUGCAUUGGCCUUCUCUUGCUCAUUUUUGGCCUAAUUCUGCUUUUACUCGGCUACUUCCUUCCUCAAAAACGUGUAGUUGUUGACUUUCAAGCAGAUCUUGAAAUUAUAGACCGCUCGGCAUUGGUUUUCAAUCAACAUCUUGAUAUAUGUAAAGGAACUGGGUUGAUAAUCUUCUGUUUAGGGGGAAUUAUUUCUUUGGCUGCUUUGUUAUUAUCCAGCCUUGUCACGACCUACUGUGAUGAAUACAGCGAGAUAGUUAGAUUUGAAGCCAAUUUUAAGGAAAUUCCAAGUUCUCCAACUGACAAGAUUCCUAUCACAGAAAAGUUGACGAAUGUUCAACCAAAAGACAGAGAAAAUCAUAUGGUUGUUACUACCACUGGUUUACAUCAAGUUCCUUAAACAAAACAUACUACCACCGGUUUACAUCAAGUCCCUUAAACAAAACAUGCUACUACCGAUUUACAUCAAGCCCCAU